GGGGGCAAGGGUUUGUAGGGGUCUCAGGGGAUUUGGAGAGGUCUCAGGGGUUUUGGAGGGGUCUCAGGGGUUUUAGAGGGGUCUCAGGGGUUUGUAGGGGUCUCAGGGGUUUUGUAGGGGUCUCAGGGUUUUGUAGGGGUCUCAGGGGUCUCAGGGGUUUUGUAGGAGUCUCAGGGGUUUUGGAGGGGUCUCAGGUCCAAACGUCCCGGCAUAGGAUUUCUAGUACCUGAGACAUCCCUUAACUACAAGAGAGCUAGUGACUGUAAUUAAUUUUCCUUUACAGGAAAACCAAAAAAUGGCAACAAAUAUUAGCAAUAAUAAAUUGCCUUUUCCCCAAACUUUGGUGAUAGUGUUAAUUGUUGUAAUUAAUUACAAUGAAGUUAAAGGAAUGAUAAAUGCUGCUGUUGGAAAUACUAAAAAUAUGGGUAAGUAUAGAAAAAAAUUUCUUAACUAACAAGGCUAAAUCAACCAAUAUUAUAGGGUUAAGGGGAUUUGGUUAUUGUUUUUAUAUAGUACAGGGUCUGUGCUAUGCACUUGCAAAAAAUACUAGCGGCCCAUGUCUCCAAAAAUUUUUCGUGACAGCCGAUCAAAAGUAGGGCUUCAUGCUUAUGUAGUUCGGCUAAGAUGUACUUUCCGGGGUUGAUUGGCCAAGUUAUAUGUAUUCGAACUAAAACCCCGAACCGAAAACCACAAAGGGAUAACACGAACCAAAACCAACGGGUUAAAACCGGCAUCCCUGUAUAUGAGCUGGGCCGAUAUAGCGAAGAAUUAACUCUCUAAAUACACCCUCGGGGUAAAAAAGAUCUUUAUCCCCUAAAAUAUUUUCUCUCUAGUUCCAUCCCCAAUUACCAACAACAUCAACAACAUUUCUGGAUUUGACAACAAAAAGUUAAACAAGCCUUCAAUGGUUUCCUUCAAUAACCACCCAAAGUCAACCCCUCAAAAAUACAAAAUUUCAAAAACAAAAGCAACCACUUCUGACAAUCAUCAUAAAAUUGCUGCUAGUCCAUCUGUCGAUUCCCCUACUAUUGAACACGAAACGGUUAUUAAUCCUCAAGAGGAAAUCGGAAUCAAAAAUGAAAAAAUUAUUGGAGGAAAUGGUUCAAUAAAUCAUCACCAAAUGGAGGUUCAAGCUGUUGGUAAGAAAAAAGAGAGUUAA